AUGAAAAACACAAUGUGUGCAACGACCCUGCUCACCGUCCUGGCCUCCUGCCGCCUUUGGGGACUAGCUCUCGGUCCUGAUGUUUUUAGUUCAAAGAGCCUUGCCCUUCAAGCCCAGAAGAAAAUUCUGAGCAAAAUAGCCAGCAAAACCAUGGCCAACAUGUUGAUUGACGACACCAGCAGUGAGAUCUUCGAUGAGCUCUACAAAGUCACCAAAGAGCACACCCACAACAAGAAGGAGGCUCACAAGAUCAUGAAGGACUUAAUCAAGGUGGCGAUCAAAAUCGGGAUCCUCUACCGGAACAACCAGUUCAGCCAGGAGGAGCUCGUUAUUGUGGAGAAGUUCCGGAAGAAGCUGAACCAGACCGCCAUGACCAUCGUCAGCUUCUAUGAGGUGGAGUACACCUUCGAUAGGAAUGUACUCUCCACGCUCCUGCACGAAUGCAAGGACCUGGUCCAUGAACUGGUGCAGCGACACCUGACGUCCAGGACCCACGGGCGCAUCAACCAUGUCUUCGACCACUUUGCCGACGUGGAGUUCCUCUCCACCCUCUACAGUCUGGACGGAGACUGCAGGCCCAACCUCAAGAGGAUUUGUGAAGGAAUCAAUAAGUUGCUAGAUGAGAAAGUCCUUUGAAUGCCUUCCCUCCUCCUGGACUUGGCUGCUUUAAAGUCACUGCACCCAUCAUGGUCUGGGGAGAAGCAAGAAAAGAAGCUGCAACCCUUGUUGAAGAAGUCAAUGUUUUGUCGUCUCUAUCCCACCGAGGCUGAUGCCCAGCCAAGCGUGGGUGUGUUUAAUCCCUUGAGUUCUCUGAUAAGGUCUGUACUUAAAAUCACCUGUCUUUGCAAGCCCAGAGGCCACUUCAGCUACUCAAAGCAGGAAGUCUGUUUUGCCCCUUACAGUAAACUCCACUCAGCUCAUGGAGGAGAAUGAGCCCUGGACCAGGACCCAGAGAACAUGGGUUCAGUUCCCAGAUUCACCAGUGACAACUCUGUCCUCUGUAUGCUGGAGCGUGAUGCCUGUCUGCCUACCUCACAGGGCUGUGGUGAGGAUCGAAACAGAUACUGUCUGUCCCUGCUUUUGAAAACCCUCAUGGAAGCCCUUUAUAUGUUCUCUUGUGAGUAUGAGAGGGAUAAACUUGGAUCUAGACCAUUAAGCAACAUGUAAGAAAGGAACAAGAGAAUCUACUGGGCUGGGUUUGCAUUCUGUCUCUCAAUGUGCUGUUUGCAGCAAAAUGAAAUCCAAAGGUGUGAAAAAGUACACUUGCAAAUUGGGAAAAUGUUUUACAAUGUGUUUUUUAGGUCUUAGAUGUGCAGGUUUCUGAUCCUGUGGAAGGAAACUCCGUGGAGGGUGGGGAGAGAAGUUCCUACCUAUAACACAGGAGCGGAGAAGCACUCUGCUCCCCCUGCAGGACCAGCAUCUAAGGGGCGCCAUCCGCGGGGCACAGAGAGGCUUUAUUCUGGCAUGCAUGGGAGUCCGGCAGAAUGAACCCCUCACCAUCCUUCUUGACCUUUUACAGUCAUUUGUGCUAUUUUCUCUGGUUCGUUAAUAAAUCGAAACUACC